AUGCAAUACGUAAAGAGCAAAACGGCGGUUAUUCUGGGAUCGACUGACAAAUUGAGUAACCGCAGUGUUGCCAUAAAAAAUUCAAACACUUCGCUGAAAAAGGAGUUGCACACAGACGUGCAAGGGAAAAGACCCAACCGCGACGAUUCAUCUGAUGAGGAAAGACAGACAAGCGAAAAUGUGCCAAGAUUAAAGUCAUCCCUUAAAAAAAAAAACAGCUCUUUGGAUGGAAGCACUUUGGAACAGGUGAGCUUCAAACGUGCAGUUGUGGAGGGAGACCCACUGGGGGGGAGCAGUAGCGACGCUUCGGAGAGGCCGGUUAACGGGGCUACGUCGAAAAUGGGCGUAAUGCUGGAGGGAGGAGAAAACGAAGGUGAUGAAAGCAGCGUAGAUGAUGACCGGGACACAGAUGGGGGUGGCAACUCGGGUGAAGAAGAAUCGGUAGAGAAACCGAAGGGACCAGCAAAAAGCGCAAUCAAAAAAGUGUCCGUGUUCCAGCGGCUAGCAACGACGCACACUCUAAGCAGCAGCUACAGACGCCUAAGUCCAAAGCUGAAAAAACUGCACACAGAAAAUCUCCAAGGAGCCUUGAAAGGGGGGGAGCCCAAGAAAGCCUUCAGCAUGAGGGUAGACAAAAAUGUGAUCUAUUCUUCAUUCUCCCCGUACAAUAAAGCGAGAAAGGUAAAUGCGGAAAGGAAACUAAAUAUGAUUAGGGCCAAGACGCAGAUAUUAAAAAUAGCUGAGAGUUUCAUGAGCACAGAUAAAAUAAAGUCAUUCCAAAUGGUGGAGAGGCGGAAGACUCAAUCGUUUGCGAACAGGGGGAAGCCCCUUUCGGAGAAGUCGGAGAAGUUGGAAAAGUCGGAAAAGUCGGAGAGGAGGAAGCCAGGGGAUAUUCCGACUUCCUUGAGGAGAAGUUCAACCAAGCAUGGCGACUUGGGAAACGCUAACCAAGGCAAGGAACCCGAUGAAAGUGUGGUCAAAUCGAGCGGUCAGAUAGAGGCCAAUCAGAAAAAAAGACCAAUAUUAAGAAAGCACAAAAAGAUGGUUCUACAGAAAACGGGUAGCCAACAAGGAUUGCCAUUAUUUGAAAACAUGCUGGGAGUAAGUCCUUCAGGAGGAGUGUACUCAUGGGAUGGCUAUCAGUGGAAGAGAAUAAAUAUCUUCUACGAACGUUUCGUGUCCUUAUGUACUGAUAAAAAGGGACACAUCAUUUGCAUCAAUACAGAUUUCCAGCCGGGCUUUCUGAUGAGCAAUAGGUGCUUCCAAAAAAUAGAUACCCAUAGGGAAGAAGCUUUCUUUUUAAAAAUGGCCAUUAGUGGGAGGAAUAAAAUGUGGGCAAUAAACCUUCGGGGGGAUUUACAAAAAUGGGACAAGUACGAAUGGGUGCAGGAAAAGAAGGCCUACGGAAUAGCUAAGUUGAAGUCAUUGGCCUUUGACAGAAAUGAUCACCUGUGGGUUUUGGACGAGAAGAAUUAUUUUUACAUCUUCAACACGGAACGUAAGAAUUGGUUGCUCCACAGUGAUAGCAGCAGGGGGGGAGGUAACAUAAACGACUUUGAUUUUAACGAGAGCAAUUUUUUGGUGGCUGUCACCUCCGAUGGGAUGAUUAAAAUUUGUAGAAAUGGUCGGUGGGUGAAGUGCGGGAUGUUGGGACAAAUGAAAAUUUCCAGUUUGCACUUUUUGAGGAAGGCAGGGGGGGGAGAGAUGGGACCAGCCGUCUUAGCGAAGAAUCCCAAGAGGGGCGAGGGGGACCAUCGAUUUUAUAGUUGA